CAGUAGAUCAAAACCCAAAAUCAUUUAACUACUUGUUGAGCAUGAAGAGUGAAGAAAUACCAAAAAAGGAAGCAAAAAUGAAAGGAAUAGAAAGAGGUGGAAAUAUAGAAAACAUGGAUAUAGUUUAUGUUAAAAUGAAGAGACAACAAUAUGAAAUGAAUAGUGACGAAGAAGCCAGCACAAAUCUAAGU